CCAGCGCAAGCCGGAGCCCGGGCCUCGGAGCGGGGAGGCGGAGGGCCGGAGAGGGCGGCGGACUGCAGCGGCGGGCCGCGCUCGGGGUCCCGCCGUGUGCGGGUCCUCCCAGCUUAUCCUGCAUAAAUGAUGAAAGUUUCCCGUGAAGCAUAAGAAUCCCUGAUUGUGGACGUGCCCCACAAGCAUCGUUAACUACAAAGUAAGGAAAAGUAUGAAAGAACCAACUGAUUGAGCCUAAAAUUGGAAGAUCACCACAUCCACCAGAAGACCCAGGAUGGAUCUGCACCAAAGCACCACCAUCACGUUCCUGGAGAAAUGGUGUUUGGAUGAGUCACUGUCUGGCUGCAGGAGACAUUAUAAUGUCAAGAAAAAACUGAAGUUAAUUCGAAUCUUAGGCCUUUUCAUGGGUCUGGUAGCCAUUAGCACUGUCUCAUUUUCAAUCAGUGCCUUUUCUGAGACAGAUACACAGAGCACAGGAGAGGCCAGUGUUGUCAGUGGCCCUAGGGCAGCACAGGGUUACCAUCAGAGAACUCUCUUAGAUUUAAAUGACAAGAUUCGGGAUUAUACUGCACAGCCACCUCUUUCAAAGGAAGACAAGUCGGAGAAUAGUACAGAUCAUGCCCAAGGAGACUACCCGAGAGACAUCUUUUCCCUUGAGGAGAGAAGAAGAGGUGCGAUCAUUCUCCAUGUCAUUGGAAUGAUCUACAUGUUCAUAGCCUUAGCCAUUGUCUGUGAUGAGUUCUUUGUUCCUUCAUUGACUGUCAUCACUGAAAAACUGGGCAUCUCUGAUGAUGUGGCUGGAGCCACCUUUAUGGCUGCAGGGGGGUCAGCCCCAGAACUUUUCACAUCUCUCAUAGGGGUAUUCAUCGCUCACAGCAACGUUGGCAUAGGCACCAUUGUAGGUUCCGCAGUAUUCAACAUCCUCUUUGUUAUUGGCAUGUGUGCUCUGUUUUCUAGAGAAAUCUUAAACCUGACAUGGUGGCCACUCUUUCGAGAUGUGUCCUUCUACAUUGUUGACUUGAUCAUGCUGAUCAUAUUUUUCCUGGAUAACGUUAUCAUGUGGUGGGAAAGCUUGCUUCUCUUAACAGCUUAUUUUUUCUAUGUGGUUUUCAUGAAAUUCAACGUCCAAGUCGAAAAAUGGGUGAAGCAAAUGAUAAACCGCAAUAAGGUCGUCAAGGUGACAGCACCAGAAGCCCAAGCAAAGCCAUCUGCAGCCAGGGACAAGGAUGAACCGACUCUACCGGCUAAGCCGCGUCUCCAGCGAGGUGGAAGCUCUGCCUCCCUCCACAACAGUCUCAUGAGGAAUAGCAUCUUUCAGCUCAUGAUACACACCCUUGACCCGCUCGCUGAAGAACUUGGAUCAUAUGGAAAACUAAAAUAUUAUGACACAAUGACUGAAGAAGGGAGGUUCAGAGAAAAGGCUUCAAUUCUCCACAAGAUUGCCAAGAAGAAAUGUCAUGUGGAUGAGAAUGAGCGGCAGAAUGGGGCUGCCAACCACGUAGAAAAAAUCGAGCUUCCGAACAGCACCAGCACAGAAGUUGAAAUGACACCAUCCAGUGAUGCUUCAGAACCUGUACAAAAUGGAAAUCUCUCCCACAACAUCGAAGGUGCAGAAGCCCAGACCACAGAGACAGCUGACGAUGAGGAGGACCAGCCUCUCAGCCUUGCCUGGCCUUCCGAAACUCGCAAGCAAAUCACGUUUCUGAUUGUUUUCCCCAUAGUGUUUCCUCUCUGGAUUACCUUACCUGACGUUCGCAAACCUUCAUCAAGGAAGUUUUUUCCCAUCACGUUCUUUGGCGCCAUUAGCUGGAUUGCAGUAUUCUCUUACUUGAUGGUCUGGUGGGCACACCAGGUUGGAGAGACGAUCGGCAUCAGUGAAGAGAUUAUGGGUCUGACCAUCUUGGCUGCUGGAACCUCCAUCCCUGAUCUUAUCACCAGUGUCAUAGUGGCCCGGAAGGGGUUAGGGGACAUGGCUGUGUCAAGCUCUGUUGGAAGCAACAUUUUUGACAUCACAGUAGGGCUCCCACUGCCCUGGCUCCUAUACACCAUCCUUCACAGAUUCCAGCCAGUGGCUGUCAGCAGCAAUGGCCUCUUCUGUGCCAUCGUCCUUCUCUUCAUCAUGCUGCUCUUCGUCAUCCUCUCCAUUGCCCUCUGCAAGUGGCGAAUGAACAAAAUCCUGGGCUUCAUCAUGUUUGGCCUCUACUUUGUGUUCCUGGUGGUGAGCGUUCUCCUAGAAGACAGAAUUCUUACAUGCCCCGUCUCUAUCUAGCAGGAAAAGCCAUAUCUUGCACCAACAGCAUGAAUGGUCCCUCCCCACUCUCGGCUCUGGGCUCCUUGACCUCUUGAGAAGAGGCAGCUGGCACAUAGCCCUGGGUGCCAAGUGUCCCUCCUUGGUGGAUUUGAGGAGAGGUGGAUUCACACUGGGCCCAUUCACUUCACAGGCUGCUUCCACCUUGCCUACCAAAAUUACUUCACAUAAGAGACAAGAGAACCGUCAUCAUGGGGCUUCUCCCCAUUCACCACUGACAGGUACUCCUCGCUGGUCGGAGGUACAUUCGAUGCAAACAAGGACAGAGGCUCUAUAUAUAUAUACCUAUAAAUAUACAUAUUAUAAAUAUACGCACAUGAACACACAAAUCCUGCCUGUUCCUGUACUAUAGCUCUCCUUCCAUACCUAUAGAUUAGUACAUACCUGUAAAUAGACACAAAGAAAAAUUAUAUAUAUAUAUAAAAUCAGAGAUAUAUAUAUAUAUAUAUAAGUACAAAUGCAUCUUUUCAGGGAUAGCUCUAGUAUAUUUAUAGUACUUAUUUGAAGAGGGGCAUCAACCUGCAGUCUGGGCUUUACCUCUUAAGUGCAACAGGUGAACUAAUGGAACCAAUAGACAAAGGUAGCAUUGUGGUGACCUUCAGCUACCUUGGACUUGCUGAGAUCCUGCCUGGUAAGGUAGAUGGUUUAGGGAAAUAGUUUGCAGGGAGGAGGGCUUAGUGGAGAAGGUCCAUAGGGGCCCUGAGCUGAGCCUUCCAAAACAUUCCCACAAGCAAAACAGGGAGACUAUCUGCCCACCUCCACCGGAGUACCCUGACCGAGAAACUCAGGGUACUUAGGACAGACAGAGAUUAAAAACCCAGACCAGGUGGACACUGGUUUGGGGAAGCGAGGAAGUAACAACCAGGGUUGGGUUUUUUGUUUUGUUCUUAUAUUGUCGCAGCAUGCAAGUAGAAUAUAUGACUACAAAGCAAAUUAGUGCUUUUUCUAGGACAGCAAGACUACAUAAACUGAACCUGUAUUCUUCCAGCGCAUGUCCCAUUAUCAUCAAAAGAAGGUGGGUAAACUUAGCUGUGAUUGUCAUUUAGAUAUAUUUUGAUGCUAAGGGCUGCCAAGAGAGCUUAGAUGUGUGAUAAGAAACCAUCCAGUAGAGGUGCUUAGUGGGCCUUGCCACCUAAUGGGAUGUAAGGGCAUAGUUCUUUAAAACGUUUUCUAAUGUAGUCAUAAAGGGCUUUAGUGUCUGCAGAAAUCAUUAUUCCCAAUAGCACUAAAUUAACUCUGCUUGGGUUGAGGCAGCUUAGAGAUGCUUGGAAAGGCAUUUGCACACUCAGUGCACCCCAGGAAGGUUUCUGAGUGCCAGGUCAAGUUGUACCAGGACCAGGCUUUGGUUAAAGUUCUUGUAACAUCUGUGUCUCUUCUUCCAUCAGGACUCCAUCUGGAACUCUCUCUAGUUUUUAGAGUACACUGUAUUUGAUAGCUUGAAAUUUGUGUAAGGAAGCUAUUCGUUCCAACAAUUUGAUUUCUUGAUUUUGCUCGUUACAUGGAAUAUUUUAAUUUCAUGCAUUCAGUGCCCCUAAGUUCUAUGUGACAUCUUAUAUGAUUUCUAAGAUCUAUGUCAGUAGAAAAUAAAACCAGCAAGGGGGAAAAAAUAGGCAAGCUAAAUCAAUGAAGAACUGCGUAGAUUGCUUAUACCCAUUACUGAGAGGGAAAAAAAAAAAAAAAAAAAAAGAGUGCUUUUCAUUUAUCUAAGUCAUGCUUUUCCUUAAAAUCAAUUGAAAAAGUGAAUCAAGGAUGGUUCAUUAUUCUGUACCCAUCCUAAGUCUAAGUUGGUACAUAUGGCAUGUGGGAAACUUCACCACGUGUGUUCCCAUCUCCAACCUAUUCUGUCAUUGAAGGCUGCCAUGAUUUUGUUGUGAGCACACACCUCUUAACGUGGGAAGACAGCAUGCAGAACUCACAGCAGAGUAAGAGGAAAGGUAACCUGACAGCCCCAGAUCAAGCUCUAUAUUCCUUCCAGAAAACCUCAGCUUACCCCACAGAUCAUGGCAAUAACAGGAAGUGCCCAUCAUUGCUCUUCACCCGGAAGCAAAAAGCACCUUAAACCCGAGGCCCCCUGGGAAAACAAGAAAUCAAGAUGGCUGCCAGUCAGAGGCUGGCUUUCAAGUCUCUCCAGCUUGGCAGAGUGGGGUCCUCAGAUGUGUGACAAUGCCUGCCAAGACAUUGAAACACCAUCCAAUAGAGGUGCUCAGUGGGACCUGCCACCUAACGGGAAUGAAUCACAUUCAUCGAGGUUAGGACUUAGUCCUGGGGCAAGAACUUGUGCUGCUUCCUUAGAGUGAAAGAAUGAGGAAGUGAAUUUUACGUUUAAAAACUCCAGUUGUUUUCCCUGUGUAUUUCUUGAAGGGCAGCAAAGUUGGUUACUGUAUGGAUUUUAUAUUAUUGACUGGUGUGUUGUUUCAAAGAAGGUUUAAAUAGGUGACCGACUCAGCUGCAAACAGACUAUGUAAAACCAAAGUUGAAGGAGCUCUGGUGCAACCCUCUUCUUAUUUCUGAUCCUCCCCCUGCCUCCUCACUCCCUCCCAUUUACUCCCAGCUCACAGUGAAGGCUGAUCCAAGCAGCUGUGGUGCCCUUGGUUUGUCUGGGAGCUCCACUUCACAGGAAGUGUUGUGGUCUUCCAUGUGAAAUUGCAUUUGAGAAGACAGUAUUUCCAGCCCACUUCCCACCUCAGUCAUGUGCACCGAGCCUGACCUACAGACACAAGUGAUUUCACAGCCUGCCCUUGCUUUCCCUUCAUUUCUGUGUCUGUGAGUAAGUGGUUAUGUGUUGGGCCAGGGUCAAUUCAGAGAGAUGUGUACUGAGUGCAACAGUGGGUCUUUGAACCAUUCAACUCAUUGGUAUGAUUAUAAGAACUUUCCCCAUUAUGGUUUCUAGAGCAAGUCAUCUCUAACUCCUUUUCCUGCAUGCCUGUGUAUAUACAUAUAUAAAUAUACAUUUAUCUUUAUACCAGAUCUAUAUGUACACAUAUAAUAUGACUUACAUCAUCACCCUCUGACCCUAUUACAUUCAGGAUUCUAAAGCAGGGAGCAUUAAGUUUGCCAAAGUCAAGGAAAAGGAAAGUCAUGCACACAAACCAAAGGGAACAUUUCUUCCUGAUUUCAUAAGGUGGUUUUGUUCCAUGAACAUAUAUAUAUACAAAUAUACAUGUAUGUACCCCUAUUUCCCCACCCUAAGAAUAUCGAUUUAUAGCCUUAAGGAAAUGGUCAGCCAUAUCCCUAAUGCUGAUAUAGAGGCAAAGAAUACACAACAGAAAAUACAGAGCAAAAAUUUAGACUGCAGAUAUUCUCUUUGCUUCUCUGGAGCAGGGUAUAAAAGAUAUCACCAAUUCAAGAGCCAACAUUGUACUAAUCAAUCUAAAAUAAAAUGAGUUGCGCACAAAUGAUUUCAUUUACUCACAGCAAACCAAGCAGGUCUUGCUUGCUGUCACCACCCGCCCUCCCUCAUACUUCCAAGGCCGCAGAGCAGCUUGGCUCAAACUGACAGUUCCCAAAUAGAAACUCCUAAAUUGCAUCUGAGAAUACCCAUGCUAUCUCCAGCUGCCCUCUGAACCUGACCAGAUCCUGAUGAACUGAAACUGAAGAUUAGAUGGUGUUCAUGCGACUUCCCAGGACCUAAACCGAGUCAAGCAGUGACAGAGCAGUGCUGUAUGCUGGGACUAAGGGAUGGGGUUGUUUAAUAUACUUGGCAGAUGCAGCAGAAUGUCCUAAAGCCUUGCCCAGGAGAUUAUAAAAAGAGGCGGAGACUGUUUCAUAUUCAGGGAAAAUGCUUUGUAAGGCUUCUAACAGGUGUCACCUGACAAGGGCCAUUAUAAUGUAUUUUAUAGGGAAGACAUGAAUCAGGUGGUUUGGAGCCGUUUCAGCAAAACACAGCUGCCUCGCUGAUUAGACAUUUGACAACAUUAACGUACAUCCAUUCCUGGGCAGGGAGAGAGUCGGCCAACUCCCCACCACUGCACAUAGCUUUUAAAGGCCUCUGGACCAGUGAGAGGAGAGAGGAACUGGAAAGGGAGCCCACCCCCAGACCACUCUAACAAAAAGCUGACCAAAGAAAUGACACCUGGUAGAGCAGCUGGCCAGAUAGAGUUGAAGAUGGAACUUGUGUUAAAUGCUCUGCAGAAUUACUGCAUUGGACCAUGUAACAGGGGUCUGAUGGCAAGCAUUUCAGAACAUGACAGUGUGCUUUCCUCCCCACAUCUACCAAACACACACCCAAACCCCCCACACGCAAGAUUAUGUGGAUGCCAUGCUUCUUUGCACCUGGACAGAUUGUUUUUCCAGUAAGUAGGUGGCAGCUCUGUUCCAGAAGAAGAAACAAAGUGAAGCUGUUCUCAGGAUGAUUUCUGGAGAAAACAACUGUCUCCUGAGGGCAUAGAAGUCAAUGCUCACUCUUGCUAAGCCAGAUCUUCCUUGACCAUCCAGCUUAACAUUUUUAAAAGAUGCAUCCUCAACCCCUAUACCUCUCUCAACAAUAUUGUCUUCAAUUACUAGGUAAGGCCUCAUCAUUAAGAGAGGGUUAGGAGAAAAAAUAGAAGAAUAAGGAAAGGGAAGAAAGGAGAUAUUAAUUUCCUAGGAUUCCCAAGAAAACAAGCGUCACAUUGAAAUAUAUCCCUAUGUAGUUUAAAAUGGUUACAAAUAUCAGGCUAUGUUUAGCCAAUUACAAGAGCCCAUAUAGUUUUAGAUUUAAAAAAAAUAAAAAAUAAACCUUCUCAAGAAGACCUUGGGAAAGAAAGGAAACCCUGCCCUGUUCCACCAUCUAUUUACAGUUAGGUCUCUGAUUCUGCCUCUAUCUUUGUGUUUCAUUUUUAAUCUCACAGCUUCAUAUUUUUUGAAAUAUAUAGCAAACAAGAAAAGCAAUAAGGGAACUACUCAGAACCAGCUCAACCCUAUUACUUAUUAUUCCACCAUGGCAAUACUCCUUUCAAUUCACCAGGAGCUUUGGACCCGCACAGGCUGUGGCAUGUAAUCACCAGGAGCAGGUAGGAGUCUGUAGAAAUCAUAGGCACACUCAUGUUUGCUCUGGAAGGAAUCUGUUUUCCACGCUGACUCCCCCAACUCAUGUACGCGCUGGCAUUUUACAUGCCUUCCUGUCAUGUGGGGCGCCAGCCUUGCUCAGAACUACCCAAACUCCACAGAGGUCCUUAAUAUGCUUAGGGACAGAUUUCUUAACAGUGAGAAAUCACUACAAAGGACAAGUACAUCUACAAGUCAGGCAGCAUUUGAGAGGCAAAAAUGACCCUGCAAUUAGGACCGGAUAGACAACUGUUUUUAAAUUUGCACACGAAUAGUGAGGGACUUUAUAGAUCACCCUAUUAUCUCAGCCAGAGCACUUCUACUAGAUGAUUCAUUGAAAGACUGGAAAACCUAACUGAUUUUUUAAAAACAGACAAACAUCUAAGUCUGAAAGAAUGCCAUGGAGUUUGCGUAGGCUCCCACCAAAGAUUUCAUUCCAUUAAGAGGGUUUGUCUAGCCUAUAACCCCAAUCCAAAGGAUAGUCCUCUUACAGGGCAGAGUCCAGCAUAGAUGCUGGUGUGACCCAGCUCAAUGUUUAACAACCAUCAGCAUCAGAAACAGUCUCCCUCCAGGUUAACCCAAGCCCCUCCACUUAAUGACUUAACCUAUUUUUUUUUUUUUUU